AUGAUCCUCGGAGAGAUCAUGAACGACCGAGGAAGAUUCUUCCUGGAGAAACUCGCCGCAGCGUCCGAGUACCCAGAUUCCCUCCUCUGCCAAGACGAACGACGGGCGACGCUAAAGGCACGCAUCGAGCAUUAUGCCGAGAGGAAACAUCAAGUAUUUGACGAGGCCCAAGAGAAACGGAAGGAUAAUCCGUUGAUAGUCGUUGACUUUGGCACGGGAAAGUCUCGAUCUCCGGUGGCGGGGGGCGAUUUCGAUGUCGACGAGGUUGCCAACGAUAAAAACAGUAGGGAGAAGGCCGACUUACACAUCAUACGCAACAUCGACGACUUACGAAACAAGCUGGCCUGGCCGGAUCCGAAGCAAGGCCCGUGGAAGUCUGAAUACCUUGAAAAAGAUCCUCCGUUACGAGUGAUCCUGCUAGAGCGCAUGUGGCCUACCUCGCUGCUACUGAACCUCAGAGAAGACGUGCUGUUGGAGAUCCUAACCUACCACCAGAUCCCGGCUCACUUCCUGACCUUCGUUACCAGCGGCGGUGACUCCUGGAGCUUCGCCAGUAGCAUGAGCUUCGCGGGCUUCAAGGGCUGUACGAAGACGCUCUCGGGCCCUGGUCAAGAACAGCCCACCAGCUUGGCGGUGCUAGGUCGUAGCGGUAGGCACAUUCAGGUCUGCCUCACCUUAUUCAGCAUCCGCGAGUAUCCCUCACAUGCGCUGCCCCAGGACGCGGACCCCGCGAGAACACCGCGGUGGGAGACGCACUCCGCGGUCGUGUACGUCCAUUUUGACAUUAUCGAGGGCACGGCGGUGUGGUUGCUCGCAAGCCCCCGAUCGUAUCAUCCGGAAAGGGGUCACGGCACGCAGAACCUACUUUGGAACGCUUUGAAACACGACAUGGCGAGUGACAUGAAUGCGCUUCAGUCGCUUGACGUCCCCGAGCGAUUCCGCAUCAGUGUUGACAGUCUCCUUGCGGCCGCCGAGUGGUCUAUCGGGAUGUUUUCGCAUCACGUCCAGGACACAGAGAAGAGGCUCCAUGAGUUGACCAAGCCUUACGUCUAUCCGUAUGACGAUGACGAGACGGUGGAUGACAAGGCAAGCGCAUCAAUCCACGCCCAGGACCUUCGUAGAAUGGCGUUCUUGAUGGAAACUCGGCAUGGCAGUGUCAUCAAAGUUGAGAAUAACCUUCGGGUUCUCCGCCGUCUCCGAGAGUUUUUCGUGGAAAAUGUGGCCGGGCAUCUCGGCCCUCUCAGAGAUUCCCACGCCAAUGAGAUCCGGACGCACAUCAAAGGCUUUGCGGAGAAGUUGACAUUGGUAAUGGCAGAGAUCGAGGACUUGUUGGACAGGGCAUCAGCACUGGAUAAACUUGCGAGGAACAGAGAAGAAUACAUUCAACGGUUGCAAGCGCAUCACUCAACUCAGCAAAUGAAUACAAUCGCGGUGCUGACGGCGGAUGACUCGUCCGCGAUGAAGCAAUUGUCUUUCAUCGCCCUGAUAUUGUUACCAGUCACGGUCGUAUCGACGGUUCUCAGUACGGACAUUGUCAAGUUUCAGGACCUUUCGAACGAAAACGAGAAUGCCACCCGAGGCACGUCCGAAGGCCCCAUUCCGAUAUACAGUUUUUCGGUGGCGGCCUUUGGCACAUGGGCGGUCGCCAGCGUACUCAUGACUAUCGCGACUUUGGUCAUUGUCAAGCCGGCAGGGAACCGUAGGAGGCAAGGCAACAGCAGUAUAGACUGUGGGGCGCACGAACCUCCCAUGGAGAAAACAAGGAGAUCUCGACUGAUAACGCGAUUGUCUCAUGCGUGGAACAUUCGAGACAGGUUCGACUCAGCCGUAGACUCUUCGUCCCGCAAUGCCAGGCCCAGGCCACCGAGCCCGGCGACUUCGGCACUCGCGACUUCGAUACACACGGCCCCGACGGUUGUCAAGAUGGCAUCAAAGUCGCGAGGAACCCCGGUAGUGGAUAUAGACGCUCCCGUGUGUGCCGAGUCCUCUCAAACUUGGCCAUCGAUGGGGUGCUGGCUGGGGGAUGCUUGGAACACAUUGUGGCGGUCUGCAAAGGAUAAGGUGAACAUGACGGAGAUGGCGACGACACCUCUACCACGAUGGGAUAGUCGAAGAGACGAGGGACGAGAAGAUGGGCAGAAAUCGCGGGGAGAGGGUUCAUGA